AUGACCUUAACCAUUAAACGCAAGGCACCCUCGGCUGACCCGCCUCCUCGUUCAACAGCAAUCCCUUCAACUCUUCCUCCGUCUGUCGAGGAAGCCUAUCGACGAAAAUGCGUCCAGCUCAAGAACCGCACAAACGAGGUUGAAGAGGCCAACGAUGCCGCUCGUCUUCGCCUCGCGCGCAUAAAACGCCAGGUCGAGAAGAUGCGAGUAGAGCGCGCCUUCUUGCUUGAACAACUCGCGAAGCGCACAAGCGCAAACGUCGAAGACUCCGAUGGCAGCCCUAGUCCUCCUCCUACAGACUACCAAUUCAGUACACCCAGUGAGUUAGUUGCUAACCACCAGAAGCCAAAAGAUAAGCCUCUGCGUACGAAGAGGGGCCAUCGAAAGUCCAUGAUGCCCGAUGCCGACGCAAAGACAUCAGCUGGUGCAUCGUUUGCCAACGCUGCUGGCUCUCCUACAUCCGAUACGUUCUCACACCCACCCGAAAGCCAGUCCAAGCAAGAGCAUGCCAAUGGUGUGUCUGCGAAUGAUGACAAGAAACCUGCCAGCGCUUUCUGGCUAUUCUGCGAGGACAAACGGUCCGAUCUUGAAAAUAAGGACAAGGACGGCGACGGAAACAUGAACGUCGAUGAUGAACUAGCUCAACUCUGGAAGGAACUCCCUGAUAAUGAUAAGGAAGAAUACGAGGCGAGAUUUGAAGAGAUUAAGAACGCCGAAGCAAAGAAGACCCCCGUACCUGACAAGAAGGAAGACAAGCCCACCGAAGACAAGCCUGCAGCCGUUGACGAGGAUGUCGAGAUGGGCGAUGACACUGAGGACCAGGAUACUCAGGCUGGCGAGAAGGCAGAGGAAUAA